AUGGCUCGUAUCACCAAGUCCAAGGUCGCUAAACGUCCCACGUUCAAGUCAAAGAAGCCCGCUGAGCUUGUUCAGUACCACCUCAACAGCAUUUCGCACCUUAUUGUCAAACGCUAUUACAACGACAAGACGGGAGUGUUUUAUCUCGGCCCUGAUAGGAACAAAUUCAAUUACGUGUCCCAGAAGACCAAGUAUCACGUUGACGGCUUGCGUAAACUCAUUAACUGCUGUGUCUUUGAAGCGAAUCGACCCGAAGAGGAAACUUGUACUUGCAGGAAUACGCGCAAGUGUCUUCUUGAAGCACUUGGUGACCUCGUUGAAUUUGCGCAAAAGGCCACCGAUGAUGAACUUCAAGUGAAACUGCAGAACUGUCGCCAAAUUGCCAUGUCAUGCAUGGUUACCAAUAGACAAGUCGUUUGA